AUGGCCGAAGACGCUCACCCGACCUAUCUUUCACCUAGUGAGCUAGGCUCAAAGGACUACUGGGAAACCUACUACGCGCGCACCCUAGCCCACAUCUCAACCACAAACGAACCCAAGGAAGAUGAACAAAACUCAGACUCAGACGUAAACGACGAAGAUGACCCAGGCACAUCCUGGUUCUCAGAACACAAUGCCCCCGAAAAAGUCCUCCGCUUCCUGACGCGUCGCUCAUUCCCACUCGCACCGAAGAAUACACUCCGUCGCGGCAAUGAAGAAAAACAACCGACUAUCCUAGAUCUGGGCACCGGAAACGGGAGCAUGCUUGCACUACUACAGAAACGGGGUGGUUUUGUGGGUAAGAUGGUUGGCGUGGAUUAUUCGCCGCUUAGUGUUGAGUUGGCGAGGGAGCUGCAGAGGUCUAGGGGGCAUUCUGCUUAUCGGACUGAUUCUGAGGAUGAGGAUGAGUCUGAUGAGGAGGAGGGAGAAGGGGAGGGAGGAGAGGUGCAGAUUGCGCCAUCUCCGAUUCAAUUCGAGGAAUGGGAUGUUCUUGGUUCGAAAGCUGUUCUUUCACCCGAGGGAUUAGCUGUCCAGCCGCCAUCUGAGGAUUCCGAGGUGUUAUCCUGGUUCCCGUAUUCAGCGGGCGGCUUUGAUAUCGUUCUUGACAAGGGUACUUUCGAUGCAAUCUCGUUAGCAGAUGAUGCAAAGGAAACGAGGGUUUGUGAACGGUAUCCUGAUAUCGCGAGACGAUUGUUAAGGCGCGGGGGCUUUUUGGUCGUUACUUCUUGUAAUUGGACGGAGGAUGAAUUGGUUGCUUGGUUUACGGCUGGUGCUGGUGAGGAUCGGUUGGUUGUUUGGGGUCGUGUGGAGUACCCGCGGUUCAGAUUUGGGGGACAGGAGGGGCAAGGGGUUUGUACGGUUUGUUUUCAGAGAGUUGGAUAA